AUGGCGAGGAAGGGCUCGAGGGUGUUAGAGGACAGCUGGGGCGGGAUUGGGGAGAAGGGCGAAGGCGACGCACCCAGGCACUCUCCCGCCCCUUGCGCGCAGAUAAUUAAGAGAGAAAGACAGGCAGGCGGAGGACGGGAGGACGGCCGGGACGUGGCGGGUCGGGCGCCGGAGGGCGCGCACGGCGCGGGCGGGACGGUCAGCACCUCGGACAGCUCCCGCCGCGCGAUCCCGGGCGGCUGCUCCAGCGGCCGCGGCGCCGGCCUGCACAGCGCCCCGCUGCGCCCGCGGCCACCGCGGCGGCGCGAGGACGAGACCGAGUCCCCGCUCAGGGCAUCCCUCAUUCCGGGGCCAGCGCGGCGCGCACUGCCGCUCGGGGAGCGAAGCACUUCCACCGCUUCCACGGGAGGAAGGACGGAAGAGGAAGAAAGAGAAAGGUUGGGAGCAGAAAGGCAGGUAGCUGGCAACACCAAGCCCAGUUGUAAACAGAUGUGGACUAGAACAGCCUGUAUUUGGCUACCCAUCUCUCUCUCAAUAUCUCUAAGGACCAGAAAGGAGACAGAGUGUCCAUCAGCCCAUUGUUCUCCACACUGGGAUGUUCCAAUUGCUAAGUUCAGAUUCCACACACACCUCUAUGAGAAAGGAGAAGAAACAGACCAAGAGGGGAAAUGGUGGGAGGUGUUGAUCAGAUUUGACCUUCUGAAGACCACCCCGUAUGCAGUGACCGGUGGAGACCAAGCAAGUACUCCUGGACACCAGCUGGGCUGCGACCGCAGACUUCUCAGUGAGCGACGCAGGGCGGCGGAGGUGGCGGUGGGCAGGAUGCACAGGACCGGGGGACGUCCGGGGAGCAACGUAGACUGGACGGGCUUCCUGCUGUGAUGUGUGACAUAUAUCUGGCUAUUUUUUAACCCUUUUAAAAUUGUCUGGCAAAGACUUGUGAUAAAUGCCUCUGUUUUCUAAGUUCCAACAGCAGCACACACUGGAAAGCAUUCCACUACUUUUAAAAACAUAUAUUUAACUUAGAGAUUAUUUUAGUUUGCAGAAAUAUUAAAAUAAUAAGAUUCCUGUAUUUUUUUAGCAUAUUUCACAUUUAACUAUUUUUUUUUAAUAACAGACAUCUUAAUGCCAGAGUUUCCAGUGCGAGAUUGGCAUGGGAGAAUAAAUGUGUGUUGUCUCUUAAUAGGGCUUAGCCUGGAGGGCAUUGAGAAGUUGAGGCAGCAGCAUUUGCACCUGUGAGGGUUCACACCUGUCCUUUUUGGUCAGGGCCAAGUUGCCGUACCUCCUAUGCUGACCCAGGCAGCAAAUGCUCACUGUGCUGUGAAUUAUCGAUCUGCCUUUUUGAUACUCUCUAAAGUGCUAAUGUAGAAGAAAUAACAUAUAAUUCCAUGUCUAGAGGUCCCUCACACUGUUAUCAUGAUAAGGCGAUGGAGACAGCAAUAAAGAAGGUGCUUUUAUCUGAUUUUGUUUCCUCUAAAUUUAGCUUCCCAACAGUGUUUAAAAUCUUGUGAAAAUGUUUAGAUUUUUAACACAGACCCUGUCAUAAAAUCUGUACAACAGGGCCAAAAGGUAGGAGCAACAAAAUGCUGCCAUAUUGUAAGUUUCCAAUGCAGACUUUAAUUUUUUUUCAUUAGUAGCACUGAAAAAAUAUUACUGCAUGGGUAUGUUAUUGUUCAGUUUAUAAAGUUUUAAAGGCUUAUUUGAGGCAUGCCUCACUGUUAUGCACAUAGGUAAUUUAGCCAUGCCCCUAAGUAUUCCUUUUUUAUCCUGCAUUUGAUGCAGCCCAACAAAGCUUUUGUUUUGAAAUAAAUUUGACUACCCUGUC